AUGAGCGGGAAGGCGGCGGCCCCGCCGGAGCCCCGCUCGGGCAGGAGCCGAGCGCUCCGCAGCUCCGCUGGUGUUUCACUGCCCUCUCGUGGCUCGCCCGCCGCGGGGACACGGGGACAGGAGGGGACACCGCCACCGGGGGGGCGCCUCGGAACCCCUCGCACCUUCUGGCAGCACCCGCGCCCUCCGGCAGCCCUGCGGGACAUGGAGCGUCCCCGUGGGGCGGUGCAGGCUGGAGCUGUCACCCCGCGGGUUCCGUGUGGCCGGGUGACAGCCCUGCGGGGCCGGGUGCCAGCCCUGCGGGGCAGGGUGACAGCCCUGCGGGGCCGGGUGACAGCCCUGCGGGGCCGGGUGACAGUCCUGAGGGGCCGGGUGACAGCCCAGCGGGGCCGGGUGACAGCCCUGCGGGGCAGGGUGCCAGCCCUGCGGGGCAGGGUGACAGCGCAGCGGAGCCGGGUCCCAGCCCUGCGGGGCCGGGUGACAGCCCUGCGGGGCCGGGUGACAGCCCAGCGGGGCCGGGUGACAGCCCUGAGGGGCCGGGUGACAGUCCUGAGGGGCUCCAGCCCUCCCGGGAAGCAGCGCUGCCCAGCGGGCGGGACUGCCGGGCGCUGGCCCCGUUCCGGGCCGGUCGCUGUGGCCGGUCCCUCGCUCCUGGUGUCCCCGGACAUCAAAGGAUGCUGCAGCCCGAGCCGUACCUGCCUGCGCGGGGCUCCAGGGGUUAUGGACUGUGUGAUGGCUACUUCACUUAGCUUUGCUCAUUACCAUAGCUCGUCUUUGAAACACUGGAGUGGCUUCCAGUGGCAAGAGCUGUACCUGUGCGAGGAGCCGCCGGCCCGCGUUAAUCAAACGAGCCCCAGCACGGCUGGCGAGGCCACGGCCCCGCGGCUCCUCUUCUCACCCCUCCCUGCAGAUGAGGAUGAUGACUAUGAGACCUACUACGACUAUACAGAACCGGAGCAGGACACAAACCUCCAGCAGGAGCUCUGGGAGGGAAUCAGCUGGUUCGAGGCAACUUUAGGUGACACCUUUGGCAUGAAAAGCUCGUGCUUCUCCAACCCCUGCAAGAAUGGUGGUACGUGUGAAGCCAGAGGAAGUGACUUCAGCUGUCGCUGCCCUGAGCCAUACAGUGGGACUACAUGUGAAAAAGUGGAGGACAGGUGUCUGGAGAAGAAUUGCCACUUUGGUGACUGCCUGAUUACAUUAACCCCACCCUAUUUUAAGUGCAGCUGCAAGCCUCCCUACAAGAGACCCUCCUGCCAGCUUGCAUCCAAGCAGUGCAGUCCAAACCCUUGCAAAAAUGGAGGCACCUGCAUACGGAACAGAUACAGAUCAAAAUUCACCUGCAGGUGCCCUGAGUCUUUCAGAGGGAGAUUCUGCGAGAUCGGACCGUAUGAUUGUUAUGAAGAGGACUCCUCUACAUACAGAGGAAGAGUGAACCAAGCAGAAAAUGGCAAGACCUGCCUGCACUGGAAUUCCCACCAUCUCUUGGACCAACCUUUUAAUGCCUUUAUGGAGGAUGCUGACUCAUAUGGCAUUGGUGAACACAACUUCUGCAGGAAUCCUGAUGAGGAUGAAAAGCCCUGGUGCUACGUCAGAAAAAAUAAGGAAGUAGAGUGGGAAUACUGUGAUGUUUCACCCUGCUCAGCUGAAGAGACCCCAACAGAACCCCCUACAGACCCCCCUGAAAUAUUCCAAACAUGUGGACAACCUGAAGUUCGUAGGACACUCAAGAAGAUCUAUGGUGGAUCCAGAGCUACACCUGGAAAACAUCCCUGGAUGGCAUCUCUGCAGAGACAGACUCCAAAUGGGAAUGAACAUUUCUGUGGUGGAGUGCUAAUUAAGUCAUGCUGGGUUCUUACUGCUGCACACUGCCUUGAAAAUCCAAAAAAAAAGAUCCAAGUAGCCCUUGGAAAGCAAAACCUGAAGAAGAAAGAGGAUCAUGAGCAAAUAUUUGAUGCAGUGCAAAUAUUUUUACAUGAGGAAUACAGAGAAAAGCGUGAUGUCCUGUACAAUGAUAUUGCACUUCUUAAACUGCAGCCUGUUGAUGGUUACUGUGCAGUGGAAACAAAGUAUGUGAAAAUAGCAUGUCUCCCUGACUUCUUCCUUCCUGUUGGGACUUCCUGCUUCAUUUCUGGAUGGGGCCAGACAGAGACAGAUGACCAAUCCCAUCAGCUGUUAGAUGCCAAUGUCAAGCUGAUUUCACAGAGGAAAUGCAAUGAACCCAAACUACAUGAUAACAUACUGGAUGAUAGCAUGUUUUGUGCAGGAAAACUUCGGAAACCUGGAAUCGAUUCUUGUGAGGGAGACUCUGGAGGCCCACUGACUUGCGUAAAAAAUGGCUCCUACUACGUAUAUGGCCUUGUGAGCUGGGGUGAGGGAUGUGGCUUAAAAAACAAGCCAGGAGUUUAUACCCAGGUGACAAAAUUUGCCAGCUGGAUUAAAGAUGUAAUUCAGUCUUCAUCAAGGUCACGUCAUUAGGAGAGAGCUUGGGAAUGACAAAAGAAUUUCUGAAGCAUCAGGGUUGACUCCGACUUGCUGAGAUCCUUCUGUCUCCAACUGGUCCUGUAAAAUCACACCCCAAAAAUUUGUGAAACCAGCCAGUGGAUAGGGGAGGGUUUUAGCUACUAUUCUAUAACAGUAUUUUCAUAGUCAAAAUUACACAACUGGCAAAAAAAGGAAAAAAGAAGAAAAUCUAAAUCACUGUUUUGCACUGAGCGAAUUUCUGCUGUGGAGAAGUGCAAAAAAUGGACUUGUUCAUCUAAGCUAGAUACCUCACACAUCAAAGGACUAAAUGUGCUCAAGUCCUAGUUUCUGUUUUGGACCUUAAAUAAAAAGAAAACCAGCAAACACCUGAGUUCCACAUGGAUUGCACACCUGUAGGUUUCCCUGGACCAUCAGAUUAUUAUCAUACCUUUGAUUUAAGAAGGUUUUGCCUGUAGUUUCUAUUGCUUCCUUUGCUCAACCAUAGUUUUCACUUAUUUCCUGAGUAAC